UGAAAUAGUUUUCAAAACACCAUCCGUAUCACUUCCACGUUAGUCGUUCCACUACCCAGCGUUACUUAAGGCAGUUUUUUCGCACCACCACUAUGAAAACUAGCUGCCCACUGAAGUAUUUCUGAACUAAUUCGACUAAGGGUCCUUUAAGAAAAGAUCCAAGAAAAGUCCGGCAACGCAUCUGCGAGCCUUCGGGCGCAAUUUUAGUGUCGGGCGGUGGUAACAUUCAUCAUCAGCAAUGAAUCUAAAGAUGCAAGUGGCUGUUCUGAUUGCGGUGUUCCUCUGUAUGGUGGAUGGUGCCCCAGAUGGAAGACUGGUUAGGAGCAAACAGCAACGUCCAACGCGCGGGUUCAAGAACGUAGAAAUGAUGACGGCAAGGGGUUUUGGGAAGCGCGCUCAAGCUCGCUCUGAACGCGACGUGACACAACAAACAGCGUCACCACGAACAAAUCGUGGUACCCCCACUUUUAAAAGUCCCUCCGUGGGUAUAGCCAGAGAUUUUGGCAAAAGGACACUGGAAGUGGAUUCGGAAGAGGAAGAAAUAAGAGUAACUCGAGGUAGUUUCACGCCAAAUUCGAACGUACUUAUCGCACGGGGUUAUGGUAAACGACAGGACGAAAACGGCGAAGUGUAUGGGCUGGACAACUUUUGGGAAAACCUCGAGGCCAUACAAGAAAAGGAAGCGCAAGACGAUGAAAAAACAUUGGAGAGCAUCCCAUUGGACUGGUUUGUGAAUGAGAUGCUGAACAACCCGGACUUUACUCGAUCCGUUGUACGAAAAUUCGUUGACCUUAAUCAAGACGGCGAAUUAUCUGCAGACGAACUCCUGAGGAACGUGGCAUAAUCUUAAGUAUACUACUAACUUUCGAAUCUGUUAAAGUUAAUUAUGUUCGGAAACUUUAUUUACUGUGUUUAAAUUUAUUACUGUGAUAAAUUAUUUUUAAAUUGCAACAUAAAAUUAAAAAAAAAAAUGUUAUGUUUGAAAAUGGAAUGAAUCGCUUUGUAAAUAUAAUAAAUUGUCAAUGGCGUAAUCUUUGGUCAAUUUGAAUAGAUAUUCGAUGUUCUAUGGACGCCAUUUUUAGAAAUAUUGUUAAAGUAUAUUUUUGUUGUGACGUAGAUAUUUUCUCAUGUGUUUUGAAAUGGAUGAUGACGAUAGAGACACAAGACUUAAAAGUAGUUACUCUUUUGUAUUCUCUUCUAAAUAACUUGGUUAUCAUAGGCUGGGUAUAAUUGAGUAUUUUUCAUUUAUACUCUACAUACAUACAUAUUAGUUAAAAUAUAUUAUUGUAUAGUGCAUUAUAUGUGCGGA